AACCUGUAGUCACAAUCAUAACAAAGAAACGUCAUUUUUCGCAACAUUAUAUAUAUCAUUCGGUGCGCGUAGUUUGUACCAUUCUGGAAUAAUCUUUUCAAAUUAAACAGCAACAUCCGAAAUGAUUGCCGGUGGUCAUGGAGAUCCUAAUCCGAACAGCUCGUGGCUAGACUCUCGGGGCUUGUGGCUGGCGUACAUACUUGGUAUUCUAAUCUUCCACAUCGUACUGCUGGCUUUGCCAUUCAUUAAUAUUCCUUACGCUUGGACUAUCACGAAUAUCACACAUAAUUUGGCACAUCUCUACUUCUUACACUCGAUAAAGGGCGCCCCUUGGAUGAGUAUUGAUACUGGAGAUUCACGGAAGUAUACUCACUGGGAACAGAUUAACCAUGGAGUUCAAUUCACCGCCACCAGAAAGUUCUUGACGGCGGCUCCGAUUAUUUUAUUUCUUCUGACUUGUCUCUACACCAGAAACGACAUUGAUCACUUUAUCGCAAACUUCAUCUCGCUGGUGGUUGUACUUGUCCCAAAGUUACCUCAGUUUCAUGGAGUUCGACUGUUUGGCAUCAACAAAUAUUAGAGCAAGGUUUUGGAAGAAAAAAAUAUCAACCGAAAUAUUCUGAACAACAGCUCAUAAUGUAUGUAACCCCACGCUGUAGCUGAAAGCAUUUGGUGGGACACUCUACUGAUUAUUGUAUACAAGGAAGAAGAAUAGCGCGCUGAUUUGAAAAUAGCGAUCAGGAAUGUUAACUUUAGAUAAAAACAGAUAACUUUGAUCAGGAUUUUGUAGUUGUGUUUUGAACGAAGACUGGUUUGGGAUUUUAUCCUGGGCAUAAAAGGCAUAUAAGAAUAGUGUUAGACAUGGAAUGACUUAUAAAAUUGUGAGAUUAAUGUAUGAAUGUUAGCUGAAAUUGUACUAUUGAGAACAAAUAAAUAUGUGGAUGCUCAAACCUA